AGUAGUUGACAUACUACGAUUAUUCGCUUAGCUCUUCAUGGUGAAAUAAUAUCAAGAACGAAAAAAAAGAAGAUUUUUCUUUAAAUAAUCAAAAUCAACGAACCGUUUUUUUCUUCAACUUUUUCAAGAGUUUGUCUCUUGCCUAGUGGACACUAUUUCUGUGUACAUUUUGUGAUUUCGCUUUUUUAUCAUAUCGACUGAUAAGUAUAUUAUGUAAUUGGCGACCGUCAUCAACCAUACCAAGUGCCUGGAAAUCGCGAAAAAUCAUCUGGACGAAGAGUCACCGAGAACGGAAAAUCAAUAUUGUACCAUCGAAAGAAAACAUAAACUGAAAGAGAAUUAACUACGACAUUCUUCUGAUUUUCAUCAUACUGAGGAGAAUAUCAGGACAGUGCAACAUCAACGACCAAUCGUAAAGUGAACAAAUCGGGAAAACAUACGAGAUCGAACGACAUAUCGAAUCAAACAUUUCGAUCGUAAAGUGAAUUGAUCGGUUUGUUUUUUUUUUGUUUUCUGCUGUGUGUCUGUACAUAUUAUUGAGUUUUGUGCUACGAUUUGUAUGCGUUUUUAUGUAUGUUUGUCAUUGAACUCGCCAAUAGUUAUUUUUGUGUGCAAAAAGAUACAUUUAAGCAACCAUCUUGCAUAAUAAUAGAAUAGUUGUAAUUUUUAAACUGCAUUUCAAGCAUACAAACAUACGCACACAAAAGUUCGACCUGAACUCAACGUAUCGAAUGCAAUCUCUUCGAAGCAGUCAAAUUAAAAUCCGAUACUAAUAAAAAUAAGCUAAUUGAGCGAAAAUAACAAGCGCGCACAAAACAACAACAAAUUUAAAAAAAAAGAAAAAAAGAGACAACAUUCAUACACCGCUAACAAAAUACCAUAAUCGGGUGAACAGAAUAAAAGACAAUUGGACACGAAAAAAAGAAAAAUACAAAAUACCGAACAAACUAAAAACAAAUAGUAAAACAAAGUAACGACACAAAGCGAAAAUACCAUCUCAAUAUCGGUGGACGACGACGAAGACAGUACACCAACCAUACUUAACUGUGCGGCAGCGUUAGAUCAGUUUGACGAGGCGGUCGGUGAUCGUGAAAGCGAAAAUGGAAUUUCACUGGAAGUAUUUACUGAUAAUGGCAUCACUGGCAUCACUGUCAAUGUGUCAAACAACGGUAGUUGAAUUGGGAGCACGAUGUGGACACGAUAUGGAUUGUACGGACACAAUUAAAUAUAGCCAAUGUUCAAUGGCCGGAUUUUGUGAGUGCAAACCAUUCUAUGCUCAAUUUAAUGACAGCAGUUGCGUUCAAGCUCAACUUCUUGGUAACGAGUGUGUGCUGAACGAGCAGUGUUCCAUGAAAGUGGCCAAUAGUGCUUGUAUCGAUGGCAUGUGUAUGUGCUUGGAUGGUUUCCUACCGUUUCGAAAACACACUUGCUUGUCACCCACUCGACCAGGAACCGUGUGCUAUAGCAACAAACAAUGUGAAAUGUUUAAUUCACUCAGCCAUUGUGACUUUCUAAUUCCAAAUUUGUUUGGACGAUGUCAAUGUACGCCACCUUCACAACAAUAUGGUUCAACGUGUGUCAGCGAACUUGAUACCAUCACACCAGCAGCCGAUGACAACGAUGAUGCCGCUUCACCCGAAUCGAAUGAAAUUGUUUUAGCCGAAACGGUUGACAGUGACGAAACUGAACCAGAAACAAAUGAAAUAGAUCAAAAUCAAUCGAUUGCAUCAAGUACAUCAACGACAGCAAAAAGUGAAAGUGUAGCCGAAUCCGAAAUUGGUAGUACAACAACCGUAAAACAACCUGAAUUAGCACCACCAGAUAUUGCAUCGAUGACACUUGGAACAACGAACGAUGAAAGCGCUUCAGACGAAUCAGACGAGUUGCAAUCGGGUGAAGAGCAAAAUGUACAGCAAAAUGUACAACAAAGUGGCAACGCAUCGCAAAUGCAUGAAGAAAUUGAAACAGCAACUGAACAGGUGCAAACAGAGCCAGUUACAAUGUUCGACAUAAUUACACCGAUGUGGGAAAUACAAUCCGAAUCGAAUAAUGAAGCUGCUCCAACACCAUCUCCGAUUUUCUAUGAUGAUGUUUAUGAAGAGAGUGAAACUGAACGGGUACCCGAUUCCACGGACAAACAUUUUGUGCUAUUAAGUUCGUCCGGUGCCACAGCAAUUCCAUCGAAUUUAUUGUCGGUAAAUCAAGAUAGUUCAUCGCAAGCAACCGAAUUUUUGGCAACUUUAAUGCCACCACAUUCAAAUAUGGCACCAAAUAAACACAAUGUCAACAAUAUGCGUCCAAUGUUCACCUCCACCACCGAAACGAUUCCGACGACAGCAGAGGUCCUGUCAUCACAAGAUGCAAAUAUAAAUGAAAAUGAAGAUUCAAUGGUGGCCGAAACAACAACAACGAAUACAUUGCUUGAGAUGUUUGAUAUUGAUAUUCGGAAAACAACGGUUAAGCCCAAUACACAGCUUACAAAUGCCGAUGCAAUUGCUGCUUUAGUUUAUGAAAUUGUUGAAAAUGUUGCGUCGAAUAUUUCAAAUCAAAAACAAAAUACCACCACUCCAACUGUAAAUGAAUCACAAGUCAAUGCAUUUCAGCAGAAUAAUGAAAAUGCCGAAAUUUUAGAUACAAAUACAUCCGAUCAAUCGGUUUAUCAACCAACCGAAAUGAAUGCCAUGAAAAAUGAAAUGGACGAACAACAAUCGAAUGCCGAAAAUGAAAUGCCAACAACUGAUUCGCCCAUUAUUGAGAUACAAUCAAUAACCACCGAUAAACAAGUGAAUUUUGAACAAAUGGCUGAUAAUGAAACCAAUCCAGAAAUGCAAACGGAUGAAAGUCAGAAUGUGGUAGAAUUUACAACCGAAAUGCAAAUCGAUAGCGCCACCGAAGCAAUUUAUGAAGAUCAAACGCAAGUGUCACAAGAUCAAGUGAUGCAAACCGAACAAGACACCAUCAAUGACGAAAUCAAAAUUCAACAUCACUAUGAAGAACAAACAACGGCAUUGAAUGAACCAAGUGAAAAUGAACAGCCAACUACUCAGAGCUCAAUGGAAGAAACGACAAAAUUUGAAAAUGAUUUUGUGACAGGAACAUCAACGGAAAAGUAUGCAUCGAGUGACAUCAAUGAUGAAAAUGAGAAUACAUCUGAAACUGUAACGGAAAAUGAUUCAAUUUUAAGUACUGACACACCAACAACUAGCGCAACAGCUGACGAACAACGUACUGAAGCAGCCGAAUCACGAACGGAAAAUAUCAGUCAAACUACAACCACAACAGCUGCUGCCAUUGCUUCAGAAGCACAAGAAAGUGAAAUAACAACAAAACCAAAUGACACAGUAAAGGAUACAAUGUUAGCACAAUUGAUGCCAAUCCCAUUGGCACUAACUAAUACAGAACCAGUUUUGACAUUAACCGCCACCGAUGGUAAAGCCGACAAAGUAUCCAUAUCCAUAUCACCGAGCGCAUAUAAUAAUAAGUCAAUUAGUUUGAAACAUCAAGAAAUCCGAACACGAGUUGAUUUAGGUGAUGGACCUGUUUCGUUGGGUUUGAGUUGUGAAUAUGAUCGACAAUGUCAAUUGGCCGAUCCGAAUACGUUCUGUAACGAAGCAAAACGAUGUGAUUGUGCACAUCAAAAUGAAAUCCUUAAUGCAUGCCGUGCUGAAAAUGCUGGAUGUCCACCAAAUACAUUCCAAUGUCGAUCAACGGGUCACUGCAUUAGCUGGUAUUUUGUUUGUGAUCGUAAAUUAGAUUGUGACGAUGGAUCCGAUGAAGAAUGCUUGGAUAGUUCCAAAUGUCCGGCCGAAGCAUUUGAAUGUAAACAAAGUGGAACAUGCGUAUCACGGGCGGCCGUAUGCGAUGGAAAAAAACAAUGUCCACAUGGUGAAGAUGAAAUUGGUUGCAAUUCAACAGAAGCUGGCAGUUGUCCCAGUGGAACGUUCCAGUGUAAGAGCGGUGAAUGUCUUCCAGAAUAUGAAUUCUGUAAUUCACGCAUUCGAUGCAAAGAUGGAAGUGAUGAACCAGCAAAUUUGUGUAAUUCUGAACGUGUACCAAGCUUAUUCCAGCGAUUAUAUUCACAGGCACGAUCGAGAAGCAAUUUCUACUGCCCAUUUCAGUGUGGCAAUGGACGAUGCCGUUCAACGGCCAUUGUUUGUUCUGGCCGAGAUGGUUGCGGUGACAACACCGACGAACAGAAAUGUAGCGUUUGCCGUUGUCCAGCACCAGUCAUAUGAACUUAAAUGAGAAUGGAAAUGGGAGAAUACACAAACAUCAUUAUAUAAUUUUCAAAAUGAAUCCAUUUUUUUUUUUUUUUUCAAACAAAAUAUUCAGCAUUUUUUUUUAUACUCUCUCAAUCUUUCUACUUUCCAACACGUUUUACAAAACUAUUCUAUUGAUUAAAAAGGGUUAACCAAAAUACAAAUUAUGAUUUUAUAUGCAGAAAAUUUGUGAAGAGACUAGCAAAAUUAAAAUCAAGAUAUAUAUCGUUUAUCAGUUUGUUAUUUUAUCAGUUCAGAAUCAUGUGAAUAGGGAACGAAAAUGAUCACGAGACACAGCAAAAAUCAUCAUCAAUUCAGUGCAUAAGUUUUGUUCAUCGAACAUUGCACAUUUUUUUAUAGAAGGAAUAAGAAAUGUGAGACAUUGCCUAAAAUUAAACGAUAAUGUCUUUAAAGAUAAACAUCAAGAACAACAAUGAAACAACAUACCCGUAUUUAUAGCAUUUAAGAUACAAAAAAAAAAUUAGUUUUAUAUAUUUGAUAUGCAUUCUUCGGAUCGUGAUCGUAUUUAUUGUGUAUACCUUCUUAGGAAUGCGGCCAUCAUUUUUUUAUAGAGAGAAAUUUUUUCUAUUUGUUUGCUCAUUUUUACUA